AUGCCGCGCUGUCUUAUGGCAAAAAAAUUCAAGGCUUAUACGUGGCCGACGGAGAGGACAGAUACUCCGGAAGAAGAAGACGAAGAAAUUGAUGUGGUCGGGGAUUCGCCGGCUACAGCGACUUCUUGCUGGGGGCCGUCCAGCCCCACCGAGGGGGCCACUGCACCUAGCCCCCCGCCUACAUCGCCGCACGGGACUACUUUACUCUACAAUGGAUAUCUUCACGAUAUUUCUUCUUCAAGCUAUACAACUUUUGUUCCAAAAUCUGAACUACCUAGUCAACCACAAGCAUCUUACAUCACUUUAAGAAAUGCUGAAGAACCAACUGACGUACGGUAUGAGUAUAACACUUCUAAUCAAGUUCCAAUCAAACACAAAAAAUCUUUAGCAAUGACUUAUACAAGUACCGGAACAGCACUGAGUUUGCCUCCAAAGAAAAAGGAUAUAUAUCGACCUUAUUCACUUGAAGACAAACCUUCUCCUCCAUUUUUUCAUCACACAAUUAGAGUUCCAGCUGAAGAAGAUCUUCACGCUGCUCACGCUAUACUGGACUUAAGUGCUUCUACGACAGUUUUUUUGCCACCUCCACCGCAAAUUCAAAUACAAGAACAACACCAUGUAUUGGAACUUCCUCCGGAUGUUCCUACUUUUCAGAAUGCCAAAAUAUUAUACACCAAUAUUUACAACGAAAACUAA